CGUCAGGAAGGUCCACAUGGAGUUCCGUGACGAGGCGGUCUACUGUCGAGCAGAAGGCAUAUACCCUACGCCCACGCUGACCUGGUCCGUCGAGCCGCCCAGUGAACCCAAACUCUUCUACAACAAAACCAAGAUGAAGGAAACCCUUCUGGGCUUCUUCGACAUCGAGAGCGCCGUGCAGAUGAAGGCGGCCGACACCAGCAACAUGAACAUGACUUUCAUUUGUGAAGUCGCCAGCGAGGAAUUGUCUAAAAGAGCACACCUGAAGGUGAAAAGCGCCAUCAUCACACCCGCUGGCGACAAUGUCAAAGUGCCCUGCACUCUACCUCUCAAAGAACUCGACAACUUCGGUCUCACCUGGAGGGUCCGGCGCAUGAACCUCAAUAAUACGGGGAGCCACCUGUUGCUGUCGGACAUCUGGAAGAUCCAGGAGAUGAACACAAGUUCGGUAUGGCGCCAUCUGAUGCUGCCCAGCGUGGAAUCGCCGCAUCAGGGCACGUACACCUGCGAGGUGCAAACACCUGAUGUAACGUACCUCACUCAGACAGCCGUCAUUGUGAUCUCAGAUAAUCUUCUGCCAUGGUGGUUUUACAUCGGAUUGCUGGCCUUCCUCCUGAGUCUGUCCUUCUGGGCCGUAGGAUGUCUGUCCAAUAAAACGAGGUCCUCGAACAAAGUCAAGGACAAAGAACAGGACGACACCACAAUCAAGACAAAGAACAACACUGACAAGGAAAGUCUAGAAUAAAAGAUUGCGAAAGGUCUUCAUUCAUGGUAUUGUUUCUUAUGCUAAAUCUUCUCUUUGCAGUUGUACUCAUUUUCACACAAAGUCAUGGACAAAGGACAUGAGGACGGGGCGCAAGCAUCACAGUCAACACGCUCAUCAUCAACAUCAACACUGACGACAACGGUCAAUGGCUCGACAUAAAAAAAUGCGUGUAGCAAAACACGAGCAAACUUGAUAGCACACGCAAAGCUGAGCUAAGUUUUUUCACCAAGCACUGCAUCUCUUAAAGAGGCUGUUUGCAAUUCAGCUACAUUUUUGCCAAUCUACUUUAAAUUCACCAAUCCUCGACUCCAUGGCGGCAAUUAUAUAUAUAUAUAUUAGGGCUGCAACUAACGAUUAAUUUGAUAAUCGAUUAAUCUGUCGAUUAUUACUUUGAUUAAUCGAUUAAUAAUCGGAUAAAAGAGACAAAUUAAAUUUCUAUCCUUUCCAGUAUUUUAUUGGAAAAAAAAAACAGCAUACUGACGCCAUGUUCUUUCAACUUGCCAAAUAAAACAAGGAAAAUGUUACAAAAAUGCACACUUUUGACACCCCUGCUAUAGAUAAUAAAAAAUUAAAUCUGAUAAAUGUAUCGAUAAAAAGCAGAGCCUGACGACGCAUGCGCGUUUAUCACAACUCUCUCGCUCUCUCUGUCUCUCCGCCUCCCUCACCAAUGCUGCUGCACGCACAAAUUGUUGUGUUUUUAACCUUCUUAACCCUGAACGUACAUUGAAAAUACAGGCAACCCUAACUCAAAAUGCCGGACAUUUGAGGCAUUUAAGAAACACCGCCCGACA